GGAUAUAACUUAUCUCUAUCUAAUAUAUAUAAACGUGACGUGCACAGGAAAAUAGGUUAAAAAAACUUAUAAACGUCAAAUUUAAUAUUUUUGUUCGUUAAUACCAAAAUAAAAACUAUGGAAGAUACUUCUAAUAUAGUUGAUGAAAUAAAGUCAGAUUCAACAGAAACGUUAAAUGUUUCUUUGGAAGUCAAAUCAUCGGACGUAUCGGAAUCUUCCCAAAAACCUAAAGCGUUAAAAGCUAAAAAACGUAAGAAGCCCAAGGAUAGCACAGCGCCUAGAGUUCCGCUUACAGGUUAUGUAAGAUACCUAAAUGAUCGAAGAGAAGCUGUUAGAAGCGCAAAUCCAAACUUAUCAUUUGCAGAUAUAACAAAAAUGUUGGCAAGCGAAUGGAGUAACCUACCUGUAGAUAAAAAACAACAAUACUUGAAUGCAGCAGAGCAAGAUAGAGAACGUUAUACUAAAGAAUACAAUGCCUACAAACAAACAGAAGCAUACAAGUUAUUCACGCAGCAACAGAGUGAAAAGAAAUUGAAAGAAAAUAAAGAAAAGGAAGAACCUGUUAAGGUACCUAAUCCAACUUUCCAUAACCAAUCGACCAUUCACAAAGAUCUGCAAGAUAUGGAUUUUAGUAAUUUCGACAUUCCAAUUUUCACUGAGGAAUUUCUAGAACAUAACAAAACUAGGGACGCCGAAUUGAGGCAACUGAGAAAAGUAAACACUGAUUACGAACAACAAAAUGCUAUUUUAUCAAAACACAUAGAAAAUAUGAAAGUGGCUAUAACGAAAUUGGAAACUGAAAUCAUGCAACAGGAAAAAAAUAAUUCGUCCCUUCAACAGCAUCUGAAUCAUUUAAGGACUACACUGACAAAUGGGUUUGGAGGAGUAAAAUUACCAGGUAUUAAAGAAGUAGCCACUCUCCAAAACAUCGAUAACUACAUGACCAAUCUACAUUCUAUAUUAUUAGAAAAUAGUAGUCAUGAUACCAACCUCUUACAAACAGUAAGGGACAUCGUAGGGAAGCUGGAAUUCAAUGGAUGACAGCCAUGUAGGGCUUCAAAGAGAAAAAGAAUUAUCAAGAAAUUUUCGUAAUUGUAUUUCUUCUAAUUAAAAUAGCAUUUACUUAGUUUUUCCAAGUAGUCAGUGCUAGAUUUAAAUAUAUUUAUUUAAUUGAUUAACUUUUUGGAAUAUAUGUGUGACCCUGUGUAAAUAAAUUACGUUCUUAUUUUUUUUCAACUGUAAUUUUAAAGAAUUUGUAUUGAAUGGUGAAUCUAAUGUAAUAAAAAAACAUUUGCAUGUAGCUGUGGAAUUGUGAAUAAAGAAUUUCCAGAGAGUUUA